AUGACCUUCCAAUCCGUCGAUCGGCUACUCAGCCUUGGACUGGUACCAUUGGGGAGGACAUGGCAUCAGAUCAGCUGUGUGUGUGUACUCAUGCUUCUCUUCCCGGCCCAAUGGAGCACUCCCCUGGCAUCUGGAGCUAUCUCUUGGCUACCUGCUCUAAAUCUUCAGCCUUCCAACAUUACAGCCUCCCUACCUGUGGCUGGAUUUGGACCCCCUCUUGUCUGGUUCAAUCUGUAUGGCGAAGCCCGCGAAACAGUCAAGCAGCGUGCACAAGGAGUUGCAGUAACACUCAACUAUCCCUCGUCUUUCUACAGACCAGUCGACGGAAGCGCCACUCCAUCCCGCCGCCGCGUGGACUCUUUGAGACAGGAGCUUCAAGAUGGCAACGCUGACUCGCAACAAAUUCCCCUCGAAUCCAGAAUAUCGAACGCGACCCUACCAUAUUUUCGCAUGGAAAGCAUUGAAUGGCUUGACGAUCAGCCUGCUUUUCAUGAUUUCUUCAACAGCUCACGAUCCCUCGGCUCUUUCACCAACCUAGAAUCCUCCCCCUACAACGUCUUAAUGUACGGCAUCCGCACCGAAACCGCCAUCCUCGACUGGAACCUCCGCCUGAACCUGGGCGACCUGCCCACCUGGCCCUCCCCCACAACCAUCAACGCCACCUACACCCUCGCCGUCAUGGUCAGCCGCCGCGAAAACCAACCGGAAGAAGGAACAUGCCUAUCCGUCAGCCCGACAUACGGCCACCUGCCCCCGAAACAGCAAUUCCGCCUCACCUUCUACAACGAAAAGACGGGCAUCCGCGACGAAAACUGCUACAUGUUCGCCAACGUCACCGUCGCCGCCGGCGUCGUCCACGGCCAGCAAUGCCCCCUCGUCUCCUCCGGCGUCAUCGAGCACCGCGCAGCCGACGCAUCCGCCGUCGACAUCCAUCCCCACCCGCUCGUCGCCCCGGCCUUCCGCAUCCUCCCCGAGAUCCUCUUCGGGCUCGCCGAGAUGAACGCCACAAACGGUCCCACGUGGGACAACCUGUCCGGCCACGUGGUCGGGUCGUGGUCGCUGGCGUUCCAGGCGACGUGGAACGCGCUGAACGACUGGUGCGAGACGGGCGCGGCGGCGGCGGCGGUCCGCGUGCCGGUGCCGUCGGUGCGGGCGCAGGUGGCGCGCGAGAGGAUUGGGGGCAAAAAGAAAUCCACCCGCUUAAGCCAGCUUCAUGGAGAGUAG